ACUAUAGUGCCAUUAAAGUGAGUCAUCCUUCGGCAAAACUCAGAGAUUUUUUUAAUUAUUAUUAUUUUUUUUUACCUACAAAGCAGAAGGCAGUACUGUGAGUCAUUUUGUAGGGACGAAACAGGACUGAAGCGCGCCAGCACUGAGUUCAUUCCAGAAAGAGUACUGCGGCAGCAGCGGCGCGUCCCCGGUGAGAGUGGACUCGUUCACAAGCGGAACAGGCGGCAGUCCGAUCUCAGCCUCCGGCUACCAGAAGUACAGAGUCGAUAUGCCUGGCUCUAGCAGUGCCUUUAUUCCAACCAUUAAUGCCAUAACCACCAGCCAGGACCUGCAGUGGAUGGUCCAGCCCACAGUCAUCACCUCUAUGUCUAACCCAUACUCGCGCUCUAACCCAUACGGCCUCUCGGUGCCUAGCGGUCACGGCCUCCUUGGCCACACAGCCCUCACGCGCCCAGGGGUCAUCCGCUCCAUCGGCGACGCCCGAGGACGACGUAAAAGAGAUGAACAGUUGACACCAGAGGAAGAGGAGAAAAGGAGAGUGAGGCGAGAAAGGAACAAGCUGGCCGCUGCUAAGUGCCGUAACCGUAGGCGAGAGCUGACCGAAAUGCUGCAAGGGGAAACCGAGAAGUUGGAGGAGGAAAAGGCCGACUUGCAGAAAGAGAUUGAGACGCUCCAGAAGGAGAAAGACAAGUUGGAGUUCAUGCUCGUGGCCCACAACCCUGUGUGUAAACUUCCCCCAGAGGAGCGUCACCAGAGCUCCCUACCUGAGCAGUGCGCCCCUCUGCCACUAACCACCAUGCACCGUCCUAACCUAGCAUCCCGACCUGCGCUCAACACACACAGUCCUAUCAUAGUGAAGCAGGAGCCCAUGGAGGACGAUGAGGAGAACCAGGUCAAGAGCCAGCACUCCGUCAUCAAGCCUAUCUGCCUGGGUGGUGGGAUGUACUGCUCGGACGGAGACAGCCUCAACACUCCUGUGGUUGCUGCUUCCACUCCGGUGUCCACUCCCAGCAACCCUAGUCUCAUCUUCACUUACCCCAACAUGCUGGAGCCAGAAAGCCCUUCGCCCUCCUCCGAAUCGUGCUCCAAAGCCCACCGGCGCAGCAGUAGCAGCGGAGAUCAAUCCUCAGACUCGCUCAACUCGCCCACCCUGCUGGCUCUCUGAGAAACACAGCUCAGCACUUGUUCACUAGCCCUUUCAGCUCAGCACUCUUAACCAAUAAGUCCCUUAUACGGGACGGACCCAGAACCUCAUCUCUACGGAGCCGAGAACUCUCAAGGGCUACCUUGCUCGUUUUAUUUAAACAUCUCAAAAGGGAAAUGUUUUUGUUUUUGUUUUGUUUUAAGUGUUUGUGACUAUUUUUGCCCACACACCAUUUCAGCUACAAUGAACAGCCUGGACUGAAAACCUAUGAAUCAAACAGCGAGGACAAGAGUUGAGACAUCCAGCCACAGAAUUUAAGACCAUUCUACAACAGUCUGGUGGGUGGGUGGGAUUUUUUGUUUGUUCACAAAAGGGAUUGAGGAGAUGUGUGAAUUUUCACACCCCUGUUCGGUACACAGUUUGGGGUCGGACACUACAGAAUCAAGCACAUGUCUUCAAAACCAGCGUGACAUUUACACGAUUCGCCUUUUGUAUUUAUGACCUGUGUUUAUAUUGUCCAAUUGUAUAUUGUGUCCUGCUGAAUUUCUCAGUGUCUGACAGAAAAGAAACAAUCAUGUAUUAUUAAAGGCGGACCUCUUCUAUCUCUACCUGGCAUGUUGCAAACCUUUACAUAUAUAUUUUUUUUCUAUGUAUAUUAAAAACAUACACACUUCGCUGAAGUUAAUGUCAGGGAUUUAUUUUUUUUUUGUCUGUGUGAGCGAGUCACACAAGCAUUAAUGAAAGCAAUCAAGUCAGAACACAGAAGUGUGGACCUGAGGACAAACUCUAGCCAUAUUAGGUUCAGCCUCAAACCCUUUAUACGGCAAUACUGCUUUUUAUUGGGGCAGACACUGUGGUAUUAAAAUGGAAAUGAUGCCUAUGUAUUACUUUUUAUAGUGUACUUUUUAUGGCUUGUUAAUAAAUGUCUCUUUAUGCGGAGUUUCAUCUGAGACGUAACGAAGCCAGAGGUGCACGGGUCCCUCCGACACGGGUUGGGCCUCGAUUGCCAGACACAGAACCAGAUGCACUAUUGUUACUGCACUCUGAUUUAAAACAAAACAGGAUUCCUCCUACAUUCAACCUUUUUUUUUUUUUUUUUUUAAAGGACCGUAACGGAUGCCUGUGUGGAUUUAACAAUGAUAUCCCAAAAACACGUAAUUUCUGGUUGUGAAGAAAGAAUAUCAAUUGCAAUAUUUGAGUAAACUGUUUACUUUAAACAUUCCUUUGGAAAAGCAGAUGGGAUGGGGUGUGGAGACCUCUGCCGAUUUUUGUCGUGAGACUGAAGAGAACAAAGCGGAAUAAUUGCUGACUUGAAGAUUUUGAAGGAUUAUUCUUUGUCACUUAUUUAUGUUGGGGAUUUUCAAGUCUGCUAAGGAUCUGUUCAGAAUACAAGUGUUUUCAAGCAAGGGAGAGAGUUUAAUAGGGGAAAUCAGUACAUACCAAAAAAAAAGAAAAGAAAAAAGAAAAGUGUGUGUGUGUGUGUGUGUGUGUGUGUAAAGACUGAGUUUUAUCCAGUCUGCCUGUGAGUCCUUGAACUAUAUCGAUCAAGCCAUCUUUAAAGCCCUCUGUACAUGUCCUGCUUUCUGACCAAUAGUUUCUCUUUUGUAAUUGCUUUAACUGUUCUAAAGACAGAAAACGAUGACAAAAACAGCAAUAUGUAUGUCAGUGUUUGUUUCUUUGGUUAUUUAAAUGGAUAUUAUUAUUAUUAUUAUAAAUAAUAAUAAAACAUGCAAAUGGUAUUCUCGAUAGUUGUACUUUUCUUGUCCAUAAACAUUUUUUUUAAAAAUUAUGUUCGUGGGUAUCUCAUGCUUGUUGGAGUUCUUCUUCUUCUUCUUCUUCUUCUUCUUUUAAGUCGGUCUGUAUUCAGAUGAAUGCACCUCUCUCAUCCAUCGCAUCCUAGUAGGCAAUAACACUCCACUAUCUUUUAACACAGCCAUAUGCAAGUGUGCACUACUUAACAUGACACAUUGCCAAUACACAGUGUGUCAAGGGGAAAAAAUAUGAAUAUAUCUUUUUCUUUUCUUGAAGAGAAGAAACCAAGAAAGGAUAUGUGUUAUCUCACUUCAAAUCAAAUCAAAUUCUUUGUGUAGAUUUGGUAAGAGGAUACAAAUUCAGUUUAGGAUUGACCCGUAUCCCUGGACAGAACUGGUGGGCAAGGUGCAUUCAAUACCUGCUAUUAUAUCUUUUUUUUUUUUUUUUUAUGAAUAUGAGUGGAUGACUCAGUAUUUCACCUGAUGAAAUUAUGUAAUAAAUCCUGAUUCUUUACUUGGUUGACAUGGUGUUAGGAGUGAUCUGUUUGAAAAAAAAAAAUAAUAAUAAAAAAUCACUCAAACGCUUUUA